CAAAAACCAAAAUCUAAUCCGAAAAUUCAAAUAAAUCUCCUCAGGUUCCCGCGGCCCUGUUUCUCCUCCUCCAAAUCCUUCUCUUCCCGCGUUUUGAUUCAUACUUUGCCUUCCCAAAGCCGUCUUCCUCACCGAUCUCAAACUGUAACCUUUCCCUUCAACUCGCAGCAGCAAGCCUCAUCCGCCCGAUUAGAUGAAGGGCAACCUCCAUGACUUACCUCCCUCUAAAAGAUUCAAGCUUUUUCAUCAAAAUCAGCACCAAGAUGCGUUUUUGAUUGAAUCCCCCAUCUCUCCCAAAUUCCUCCCAGCCAAAAAACGAUUAGAUUCUCACCAUCCCCUCACCUCAAUCUGCCUCCCCGCAAAGAAAAGGAUCUGGGGUCCCAACCCCUUGUUUCCUCUCCACGAACAUGACAAAUCCUGCAAUCUUCAACCAUACACAGAAAUUGAAGAAGAGGAAGACGAUGGUGUCGUCUGCUCUGUAUGCCAAGGCACCGACGGCGAGCCAGCAGAUCCCAUCGUCUUCUGCGAUGGCUGUGAGUUAAUGGUCCAUGCUUCUUGCUAUGGAAGCCCUCUGAUCCACUCAAUACCUGAAGGAGAUUGGUUCUGUUUGAGGUGCCAGAGGAAGGGGGAGGAAGAAAAAUGGGAUUUUGAUUGCCUUCUCUGUCCGAAGAAGGGGGGAGCAGUGAAACCAAUGGAAGAUAAAAGACAAUGGGCUCAUAUUCUGUGCGGGCUUCUUGUUCCUGAGGUAUUCUUUCGAGAUCCAGUGGGGAGAGAGGGGAUUGAUUGUUCGGGAGUGCCGGAGAAGAGGUGGGGUAUUGAUUGUUACAUCUGCGGGGUGAAUCGUGGGUGUGGAAUUGAGUGCUCGGAGUCGAAGUGUGGAUUAGGGUUCCAUGUUUCUUGUGGAUUGGAGAAGGGGCUUUCUAUUGAGUAUAAGGAGGGGAAGGGAGUUGGAAUUGUUGCUGGGUUCUGCGAGGAGCAUACGCAGCUGUGGAAGAAGCAAGAAUUAACUGGAAAAUACAAGAUUGUUCCUCGGGAGAAGCUUUGCUCUAAAGCAAAGAUCAGUGGAUAAUUUUGGAUGAGUUGCUUGUAAGUUUCAGGCUAUUUUAGCUUUCAAUUGGCUUAAUAGUGGAUAUUUUUCUUAAUUAUAUAUUGCCAAUUAUUUAUGUAGUUACUGUUGUUUUAUGCAAUCUCUUAUGUAUGUUUAAGA